GAGAGAAUUCAAUAAAGAAACACUGGAGUAACAAGUAUGUUCUGGAAAUUGCUACUGGUUAAUGAAAUUAAUGGUAUUACUUACUUUCUUUCCAGUUUACCAAAUUUAGAAAGCUAAGCAGAUAACUUACUAAUUUGUUUCUCAGUCAUCUUCCUAUCAAGGCACAUUUACCAUUUUCUGAAUUGACUAUAAUAUAUCUUGGGGGCAUCCCAUUUGUUGGAGAGCUUAAUUAGUGAAACCAUGAGGAAGAUGGACUUUUAGAAAGGAUAUACUUGACCAAGAAAAAGAAAAUGGAGAAGGAUUGAUUUGUUGCUUCUUUGAAUUUACAUAAAAUGUAAUCUCAUUCCAAAAGUCAGAGGUGUAAUAGGUGCCAAGAAGUGUCCUCUGAACAGGUUCCCAUAGGAUAUCAUGGCAAAAAAAUGCCACCAAGCUGGCAGCACGUUGGGCUUAGCUCAACCUUGGCAGGACCGUAAUUCUCACGGUAGCUUUCUGUCUCUCAGGCUACAUUCUGUGUAGCCCUUUCUUGUGAAUUGUGUGUCCUGCAUGUGUGUCCUGAAAAAUUUUCAAACUUAAAGAACAGUUUCAAGAAUCUGAAUCCCCACAUACCCCUUGUCUAGAUUUACCACUUGCUAACAUGUCUUCACAUUCACUUUACCACUCCGGACAGCAGUAGUAUUUUCACUCAACAAUUUGAGUGUAGGUUGCAGACAUCUUAAAACUUUACUCCGAAAGACAUUAGCAUGCAUUUCCUAAAAAAUAAAGACAUUCUCCUAUGUAGUCAGAAUAUAAAUUACUAAAUUAAUUAAAUUCAGGAAAUUUCACAAUGGCGCCAUAUACAGUCUGGGUUAAAAUUUUUGCUAAUCCUCCGGAAAGUGUCUUUUGUAGUGACAUUUUCCAAAUAUAAGAUCAUGCAUUGUGUUUACUAGCCAUUAAAUUUUGUUGCUUUGGAAAUGUCACUUCUGUUCAGAAUUAGAGGGUGGUCUUUUGACUCUCCAGCAAGCUCUAUUGAAAUAAAAAGAAGACACUGGGGAUUUCAAGGUGGCGGCUUGCUAGAAAACCAAAUUGCCCAGGUAAGGCGGACUUUUUGUUUUUAACUUUGAAAACUUUGGCUGGGUUUUGGUGCCUUGACUCAGCAAAGUCUAUAAUGCAGCAAGGCUUGGUAAGCAUUAGAAGGGGUACUGAAGCUUUCCUUUAUUUCAUAAUCCCAAUUGUUUUUCUAGAAACCAUCAAUAGCCUCUAAAUGACUGACUCAAUUUUUGGAUCCUAUUCUCAUGACUAAGCAAAUGUUUGAUUUGAAACCAGCCCAGUAUAAAUGUCUCUGUGCCUCUAACUCUCUGUAGCUAUUCCGGAUUCCAGCACUGGGGAAACCAACCUAUGCACCAAAAUGUCUAAGUCUGGAACCAAGAUCACUUUCUAUGAGGACAAGCACUUUCAGGGCCGCCACUAUGAGUGUGACUGCGACUGCGCAGAUUUCCACAUGUACCUGAGUCGCUGCAACUCCAUUCGAGUGGAAGGAGGCACCUGGGCCGUGUACGAAAGGCCCAACUUCGCGGGCUACAUGUACAUCCUACCUCGGGGCGAGUACCCCGAGUACCAGCACUGGAUGGGCCUCAACGACCGCCUCAGCUCCUGCCGAGCUGUUCACCUGUCUAGUGGAGGCCAGUAUAAGAUUCAGAUCUUUGAGAAAGGAGAUUUUAACGGUCAGAUGUACGAAACCACUGAAGAUUGCCCUUCCAUCAUGGAGCAAUUUCACAUGCGAGAGGUCCACUCCAGUAAGGUGCUGGACGGAGUUUGGAUUUUCUACGAGCUGCCCAACUACCGUGGCAGGCAGUACCUCCUGGACAAGAAGGAGUACCGGAAGCCCAUCGACUGGGGUGCAGCUUCCCCAGCUGUGCAGUCUUUCCGACGCAUCGUGGAGUAAUGAUGUCGAUGGGGCCACGAGUUUCUUCCUGGGGGCUACAUGCUGGCUGGCUUUGUCAUCCAAAUAGGCGUCCUAAAUAAAACAACUGGCAUGCA